UUAGAAUAUAUUGUCAAACUGUUUUAACAAUUACUCCUGUGUGCCUCACACAAUUACACAACUUGCGUUACCAAUUUCUUUUUAUUACCAAUACAGUUUAGAUGUUAACUACCAUAAUAAUAUCCGAUUAGAGUGGUAAAAUUCCAAAAUGACUUUAGAAAUGGGGGAAAAAGCGAACUUUCUGUUCGACUUGGUGAUCACCCAUCUGGAUAUCUUUGGCGUGGAGAUAGAGGAGCCACAGAAGCUCCUGGUGGACACCAAGUUUGCGGGCAGAUCAGUAAAGGUGACUUCCAGCCGGGUGAAUGUCGACCAGUUCGUGGCCAACAGGGAGUUGGAACUGGCGAUGGAACCGUUGGCCCUACGUCAAACUCUGGAGGAGAAGGGCAUGUCGUUGGCGUCCAUUUACCAGGGUUCAACCCUGGGCACCGCCUCCAUGGUCUUCCCCAUGGAGUUUCUCGACAAGAUCAGCGCCACCAUGAACGAUCUGCUGCACGAGGCCACUUUGGAUCUGGUCCGACGAGCUAAUGUCGUUGGAACCGUAAGCGUUUUAAUCCGUUUGACCCUCAAGUGCGAUGAUCAUCCAGAGAAUCUGAGAAAAAGCGUUUCGCGUGCCAGUAGAAUUUCGGUGAUUUCGCGUGCUAGUAAAAUUUCGCUGAUUACCCCAAAGAAGGAGAAAAGUGGCCCGGUCAGUUGUGCCAGCCAGGCGGCAACCCUGAAUCCCCAGGAUGUGAUGUUCCUCGUCGGCGAUCCGGAUCCUCUGCUGCAGGUUCCCUCGCACCCUUGUUCGGAACUUCCCUCGGAGGAGGGAGAUGAUCGCCUCUUUCUGGACCUGCAGCGCUACAGGAGCUUGCAGAAUCGUCGGGCUUCUUUCCCCCAAGACGAUCCCUGUCCCAGGGAAAAGCCCUCCUUCAGCCGGCUCAAGAAGAUCACCCAGGAGUACUCGAAUAUCAUCGACUCUGUGGCCGAGAAGGUUAAUCAUUUGGAACUACCCACGAGCCCUGGAGCUCCUACAGACAUUCCCACGGAUGCAACUCCAGCUCGAACUCCAAGGACUCCAGCUUCUAUUCCCAGGGAGCGCAGUAUUCCAGUUCCCGUUCGAUGCGACCUAGUGCAUGGCGUGAAACCCAUACGUUUUUGUCCCGUUUGCCUGUACUCCAUGUCCUGGCUGCCGAAAUAUGCACCCUGUCCUCAGUGCAACACGAAGGCAUUUCCUGUCCUCCAAGGACGUCCGAAUGAGGACCUUACGGCCGAUGAUAUCCUGGCCGAGCAGCUGGUGAAACCCGUGGCACCGCCCGAUCACGAGGACUUCUGUGAGCCCAUCUGCGAAAGGAUUCGAAGGAGGAAUGUGAACGAGAAUGAGUGCCCUCCGUGCCGCUGCACCUGCAAUGCGAACAAGAUCUGCGCCCACUGCCGAAUCCGCAAGAUGUGCGAGGAUAUUUACAGCGGAGAAAAGCCGGUGGAACCUCCUCGACGCCAUCCCGAGCCCCGUUCGAGUGAGGACUUUUGCCUGAUCACGGAUUCCGAGGAAGAGGAUAGUCUGCCUUACCUAUCGAAGGUCUUCUCUGAGCUGAAGCAUCUCUACCAUCUGCACGACUCCAAGAAGCUGUCGGCCCUCCAGGAACGCUGCGAAACCAGGUCGCUGUUCACCAUCCAAGGCCGUCGAUCCAACAAGGAGCUUUCGGAAUCGCAGUACCACGGCGACAAGGUCAUUGGCGGGGUGAGCCAUCAGCUGAAGGCGGGCCACAAGAGCUGCCUCCCGCCCUCGAGUGUUGUGUCCCGCCGACAUGGCUGGAAUUGGACGACGAGCUGCGAGGCGAGGAAAAAUGGCUGGCGGCCUGGAGCCAUCCUGCGAUCAUCGGGCCAUGUGAUGCGUCACUUUCUCAUCCGCAACAGAGAUCGCAACAUUUGCCGCAAGAUCUCGGCGGAUCACGAGGAACAGCAGCUGUAUGGCCAUCCCGUGCUCAAUAUUUGCAAAAGGGAUGGUGAAAUAUUCGUGACCCUCCGCCCACUGGCCACUUUGGGCUUGAAGCAGAAGCCCAUUACUUUCCGGAUCGUGAAGAGCAAGUUGGCGGUGACCCUGCGGCAAAUAAAGCGGGCUCUCAAGGAUCGGGGUUUUGAAAAGUGCAAAUGCCAUAAGUCCUUGAUGCUGUGCACCUGUCGUGAUGCCCUGGAUAAGUGCCUCCUUAAGAAGGCACUUGGAAAAGAGUGCCGAAAGCGCUUGAUAGAGCCGUGUCCCGAGCAUCUAGUGCUCACCGAUACGAGUGUCAGCGACUUGGAGUUCGAUCUGGAUGUCACUCCGCCGGCGGGAACUCGGCGACCGAAGAGGAAGGCCCUACGGAAGGUGGUGAAUCAUGGCACCCAGACGGGAAGGAAGGGACCACCACGCAUAGCUCGCGAAUACCCUGUUAAAGAUAGUCCCUACUGGAGGGCCUACGACUGUGCAGCCGGCGAUCGCUACAUGGGCACAGCCUUCGGGGACAAUAUAGAGACCGUUUUCGAGGACGGAGUGUUUGGUUAUCGGGGUGGCGGCCAACAUGGAAGGCCCGUCGUCUGGCGGCAUCCCAAGGUGUGGGGCAAGAAGGCCGGGGCACCACUCCGAAUCGGAACCGCCCGAGACGCCGCCGAUCCAUAUCGGUUUACGAAAACUGUCUGGAAGGGAUUACCGCGAAAAAUUAUACGCAAAAUGCGAGCAAAAUCAAAGCAUUAUUAAAAA